CUCUAAUCACAGUAAUCAGAGAACUCACAAAACCAUAUGGCCUCGCCUAUGAUGACGUCAUUUCUCCGGCGAAAAUCCCGUUACAAGCCGUUCCUGAUCCACGUCAGACUCUUCUCCGCGGAGUCGCCGUGUCACUCUCACAGCAACAAGACGCCGAUAGAGAAAAUACUGGUAGCUAAUAGAGGAGAAAUUGCUUGCAGGAUUAUGAGGACGGCGAAGCGGUUAGGGAUUAAAACCGUCGCCGUUUAUAGCGACGCCGAUAGAGAUUCGCUUCAUGUAAAAUCAGCUGAUGAAGCUGUUUAUAUCGGUCCACCUCCGUCUCGGUUAAGUUAUUUGAAAAAUUCCUCUAUUAUUGAAGCUGCUAUUCGCACCGGUGCUCAGGCUAUUCAUCCAGGUUAUGGUUUUUUAUCGGAGAGCGCUGAGUUUGCUACUCUCUGUGAAGAUAAGGAUCUUACAUUUAUUGGUCCUCCAGCUUCUGCUAUUCGUGACAUGGGUGAUAAAAGUGCAUCAAAGAGGAUAAUGGGUGCUGCAGGGGUGCCACUUGUUCCGGGAUAUCAUGGAAGUGAGCAAGAUAUUGAACUUAUGAAGACUGAAGCUGAUAAAAUUGGAUAUCCGGUCUUGAUAAAGCCAACUCAUGGAGGUGGAGGAAAGGGUAUGAGGAUAGUGCAACAUCCAAAUGAAUUUGUUGAUUCUUUCUUGGGAGCACAACGUGAGGCUGCUGCUUCUUUUGGCAUUAAUACAAUUUUGCUAGAGAAAUACAUCACUCAGCCAAGACAUAUUGAAGUCCAGGUAUUUGGUGACAAGUAUGGAAAUGUAUUACAUUUAAAUGAAAGGGAUUGCAGCGUACAGAGAAGGCAUCAGAAGAUAAUUGAAGAAGCUCCAGCUCCAAAUAUUAUGGAGGACUUCCGCUCCCACUUGGGUCAGGCUGCUGUAUCUGCAGCCAAGGCAGUUGGUUACUACAGUGCUGGGACUGUGGAGUUUAUUGUUGACAUAGUAUCAGGGAAAUUUUACUUUAUGGAGAUGAACACACGCCUGCAGGUUGAACAUCCUGUGACAGAGAUGAUUGUUGGUCAAGAUCUUGUAGAAUGGCAAAUCCGUAUUGCAAAUGGAGAACCACUUCCUCUUAGUCAAUCACAGGUGCCAUUGCUUGGUCAUGCAUUUGAAACCCGAAUAUAUGCUGAAAAUGUUCCCAAGGGAUUCCUUCCUGCAACUGGAGUUCUUCAUCAUUAUCGUCCUAUCUCCGUCUCUUCAACAGUUCGGGUAGAGACUGGAGUUGAAGAGGGGGAUACUGUUAGCAUGCACUAUGAUCCUAUGAUCGCCAAACUUGUAGUCUGGGGAGAGAACCGUGCAGCAGCAUUAAUCAAACUGAGGGAUUGUUUAACAAAAUUUCAGGUUGCAGGAGUGCCGACUAAUAUCAAUUUUCUCCAGAAACUUGCAAAUCAUAAGUCAUUUGAAGAUGGCAAUGUGGAAACACACUUCAUUGAGCAUCAUAAAGAUGACCUCUUUAUUGAUCCUAAUGAUGAAGUGGUUGCGAAGGAAGCAUACAGUAAUGCCAGAUACAGCGCAAGUCUACUAGCGGCUUGUCUUUGCGAAGAGCAACGUGCUUUAAAGGAAAGAUCCCCUGGGGGCAGCAGCUUACACCCCAUAUGGUAUUCUCAUCCUCCUUUCAGAGUUCAUCAUCUUGCUAAGCAUACUCUGGAAUUUGAAUGGGAUGAUGAAAAUGGUAGCAGUCGCUCAAUGCCUCUAGCACUUUCUGUCACUUACGUGCAAGAUGGGAGCUAUCUCAUUGAGGGAGGAGAAAUUAAUUUGCCUGGUUUAGCAGUCAAAGCAACGCACUUGCAUGACCGCAAUUUCAGGGUUGAAGCUGAUGGUUUAAGCAUGAAUGUUAGUUUGGCUGCAUAUUCGAAGGAUGAGACAAAACACCUACAUAUAUGGCAUGGGUUGCACCAUCAUCAUUUUAGGCAAAAAUUGGAGCUUAAUUUAUCUGGUGAUGACAACAGUGAAAAUAAGACCAAUGUCGAAACUGCAUCUCACUCUCCAGGAACUGUGGUGGCUCCCAUGGCUGGAUUAGUGGUCAAGGUUCUGGUAAAGGAUGGAUCAAAGGUAGCGGAAGGGCAACCUAUACUAGUAUUGGAAGCAAUGAAGAUGGAGCAUGUUGUAAAGGCGCCAUUUGGUGGCUAUAUUCACGGGCUUAAAGUUACUGUAGGUCAACAGGUUUCAGAUAAUAGUCUUCUCUUCAGUAUUAAGGGUGAAUAGGGCCUGCACGAGCAAAAUACGACGGCUUAAACAGAUCAAGCGAAUUGCCUGCCAGGUAAGUUCUGCGAUGAAAAAAUUUAUCACUUUUAUGCUUAAUCACAGAAAAAGACUUGUGACUAUCGAAAGCCAAUGUAUACUGUAUAUGUCAUCGAGCAAUAAAAUCUUCCUAUUUCUUUGAA